UUGGUUGCUUUACUUAUGGUUGCAUGUUUUGGGUCUGUUUUCGGAAGAUAUUUAGCACAAGACUGUAUGUACAAAGACCCUGCUACUGGGAGAACAUAUGACCUGACACCUUUAAUUUCCAGUAGUCCCAAUGGCUAUAUGUGGACACAGACAGUAUGGUCUAUUGGUGGAUAUUCUCUCGAUAGCUUGAAUAAUGACAACCAGGUCAACGUAUCUUUUCAGUUACAGCUUUGUAGGAAUAUCAUAAAUCAACAAUUCAAAGGGUGUAACAGUACAGGUGCAGCAUAUUCGUACGAUGCGACAAAUGGGUGCAUAAAUUGGGGCCAAGCAACAACUGCCGCGUUUGAUGUGGCACCUUAUAAAGACGGUGUAUUUAUGCAGAUGUACCAUGGCGACGUUGUCAACCACUGGCAGAAAUAUAUGUCCAAUGUAUAUAUCGUGUGUGAUAAAACUGCAACUGAAGUGAAACCUAUGUUUGAACAUGUCAAGUCGGAUAUUUCGCAAGCGCAUUUCAAAAUCCUGACAAAACAAGUAUGUUAGUUGGGUGUAUUUAUUGGAAUUAAAGAUAUAAGCUUUUGA